AUGACAGUGGCAUCCAAUUCGGAACAGAGGGAGUAUAUAAUUGAAGGUUUAGUUUGUUAAAAGACUUUAGAAAAUUAUAAAUUUGUGCAUGGAUAUCCAUGUGUCUCACUCUGAUGAAGAAAGUGAAGAAAGCGAAGAAUAUCAUCCCAAUUGGGAUGAUAUUUGUAUUCUUUUCUCUCAAGAUCGUGCGGAUGGGCAAGGUUCAAGAACAAUUCAAGAAACCAGUGAUGAGAUUGAGGUUGAUUCUGCUACUAUCCCAUACUCACUUGACAAGUGUGAUGAAGUUGAUGUUAUAAGUGAUUUGUUGGCUCGAAAAAAGAGAAAGGAGACAACGUCUUCCUCAUGUUCUAUAGGACCUAAGAAGAAAACUUCAUCAACGACAAUCAUAUCUGACUGUAUGCAGCGAAUGGCGACUGAUUUCAGUGACUAUUUGGCGGUGGAAAGGAAAAAGUCUGAGCUUCUUUUGACAGAAAAGGAGUUAAUGUUGGCAGAGAAGAAAAAAAUUAAUCCCCAAAAAAUUUUGGCUGAGUUGAAGGCUAUUGAACUCGAUGACAUGCAGAUGAUCAAGGCUGUGGAUUUGAUGAUGCAUGAUCACAUAUUAUUCAAUACAUUUGUGGGAAUGCCAACAGAGUUGAAAUACAAGUGGGGUUUUUUGACCGGUCUUCCCCCUAGCCACAAGAAAUGGAAGCAAAGAUUUGUUUUCGUUGAGUUCCCCCCUGACCAAUUUCCACUCUCCAACCGUGAGUGGGCUGACUGGGUUAUAAAACCUGAAAGGGUUCACCCGGAGCCCACCAAGGAGCUAGAGGAAGCCUGCGAGAAACUUCUCAAGGGUGAUCCUGUGACCGGUAAGCCAUACGCCUAUGGUGGAUGGGUAUACCGGUUACCUAACCCGGAUGGGGGUGCGUCUGCGACUCAUGACGCUGAGGAUAACCGGGCUGAUUCCCCGGAUGGUCACGCUGAGGCCGGCUCUCCUCAUCCAGACAUGAACUUCAACAGGAUGACCACCAUCAUUGAAGAUGACGACGAUGAUGUCCAAGUCCUCCACUCCAACCGGUCUCCUCUCUCUAACUCUCCUUCUCCUCCUCAUUUCCCUGGAAUGGAUGGGGCCACAAGUGCCCGGUGUAGCCCUGUCCAUGAUCAGAGCCAAAAACUGAACUCUCCUCCAGCCACCCAUCUCUUUGAAAGUGACCGGGUCCCUUAUCCCAAGAAGGAUGUCAAGGCCAAAGGGAAGGUGACCGGUCAUUCUUCUUCUCAGAAAAGGAAGAGUUCCCACAAGACUUCCAGGGGGGAAAGGAGGAAGAAGGUCAGGCUAUCAGAUCUAGAAGGGGAGUCCAUUGAAGUGACAUUUUUAUCCUUGGCCCAGAAACUCAGCAAGGUUGGAGUUCUAUCCGAAGAAGUUGGCCGGUCACUCUUGGAGUCCAAGGACCAGGUCUCCGAACUUACCCUCCUUCUUGAUUCUGCCAAGUUGGAGAUCAAUGACCGGGUCGAGAGGGAGAAGAGACUUGAAGAGGAGCUGAAGGAAGAGAGGGCCAGGCUAGACGAGGAAAGAGCCAAGCUGGUGGAGGCGAAGAGGAAGUUAGUAGAGCUGGAGGGUGCCUUGGCCCAAGCUGAAGAGACUGCCCGGUCAAAGGAGCAAUCCUUUCCUGAUGAUGCUGCACGAUGGGUGGCCGGACAUCAUGUCGAGACUGCCCGGUCCAUUCUAGUUGGGCCAGAGGAGACAAUGGCCUUCUUCAAGACCAUGUACAAGGAGCCGGAGGGAAAAAAGAUGAUAACCGAUAUCGGUUCAUAUGGUUUCCAAUGCGGUCUGAAGGAUGAGAGGUCACUCCUCUACUCCAGGCUUCAGAAGAGGGACCCUUCCUUUGACCCGGCCAAAGUGAAGCUUCCAGCCCUGUACAAGGAAGAGCCAGCUCCCCCCUUUCCCCUUGAGUAGGUUAGGGUAUGUUUUCAAACACUAAAUUUUCCCAAGGCCU